AUUCAUUGUGCGCCUUUCACGCGCGCUUUUUCUACGCACGGACAACCGCACAGCACCUUUCAACCGAUCCAGGCUAGAUGCUAAGUAGCACCAGCGUUGGCACCACAGACGAAGGUACACAAAAGACAACGUUAUCUCCUAAGUUAUCUGGUUCAUACCGGCAGUCUACGCAUCCAAAGGGGAAGUGCCAUUUGCCUGCGACAGCGUAGCGUUCAGCAACAAACUUUGCUAUGGGCAAAAAGUCUCGCGAAGACGACUCCUCAUCCUCUGAUGAGGAAGAAUAUGUUGUGGAGAAGGUGCUGGACAGGAGGGUGGUGAAAGGCAGGGUUGAGUUCUUCCUGAAGUGGAAAGGAUAUUCAGAAAAGCACAACACCUGGGAGCCAGAGAAAAAUCUUGGCUGCCCUGAGCUCAUUUCAGAAUUCAUGAAGACUUACAAGAAAGGCAGCAGCAGUGGUGGAAGCUCAUCGUCUACCAGUGUGGGCAACAAAUCAGUCACAGCCUCCUUGGGACGCUCUAAAGAUUCCAGUAGCUCAAAGAAGCGAAGCUCUGAUGAUGAUGAGGAGGGUGAAAGCAAGCCCAAAAAGACAAAGGAGGACGACAUCCUAGUUGCCCGUGGCUUUGAGAGAGGACUUGAGCCAGAAAAGAUCAUUGGAGCAACUGACUCUUGUGGAGACCUAAUGUUUCUUAUGAAGUGGAAAGACUCUGAUGAGGCGGAUCUCGUGCUUGCCAAGGAAGCCAAUCAUAAGUGUCCACAGAUUGUCAUAGCCUUCUAUGAGGAACGUCUCACCUGGCAUGAAGACAGUGACAAGAAGGAGAAGGACAUGGUCAGCGCGUGAGUGCGCACCUCAGGAGGAAACCGUACCUCCUCCACUGCAGGGACAACCUUGAGUCACACCCAAACCUCCCAUCCUUGCUCUUCACCAUGUCCAACAAAGACGGCGAACAGUCGUAUUAUCUCCAUCCAUGCCCCAUCGGAGCACAAAGGCCCCAGACUGCUGAGACGGAUCCAUCAGACAGGAGGUGAAGCUGUAGCGGACAUGAGUAGCAUGCUACUGGGGAGGGUUUCUGCUGUUCUGUCUUUGUAUUCUUUACCUUCUUUUGAAUGUCUUAACACAUCAUAUUUUAGUACAGGAUACGGUUGUCAAUAAGGUAUGUUGCAUCCAAGAGCACACAUGGCCAUCUGUUAAAACUCAGCAAAUAGUCUUGAGAGCCGGGGUUGGUACAAGCUGUUAACUAUGCGCUUGUCCCAUAGCAGGUGCACAACCCCAUCAUUAAGUCUUUAUAGGCAGUGCACCUCUUUGCUUUAAGAACCCACUAACACCACUGAGGAUAAAACCGUAGUAUCAAAAUGCAGGAAGCAACUACCGCAGCACUUCACUGACUGCAUAAUCCCCUCCUUUUUUAAAAACUUUUUAUCUCUUGUAGAUUUUUCAGUGUGUCCCGUCUACCGGUACAUAACUACUCAAUUUGCAAUUUUGCAAAAAAAAAAAAAAACACCGGCCAAUUAAGUCUUUAUAAUGUAGUGAUUAUCCUUGUUCGUUCUUUUUUUUUUAAUUAUUGUCAUUUUCUUUUCUUAUUUUCAAGUUUUAACAUGUGAACUGUGUGGUGUUUUUAAUUUUAAUUUCUUUACUCGUUCACAGUUCAAGGAAAAAGGACAAUAAAACAAAUUUUGCUCAGUUUUGUACUUUUUUUUGUCCUUUUAACUGCAGUGUUAUAUUUGGACCAGUCUCAUGUUCACAGGUUAGACAAUCUUCCACAUGAAAUGAAACCAGCAUUAAUCACCAGUCAUUGGGGUCUGCCACCUUGUGGCUAAAAGAUGAACAUCUUUUGGACUGUGACCAAUCUCUAUAAUGACUACCCUGCAGUUUUAAUGGUGUUAUUGAGCUUGUUAGUUAGUGAUACUUUGAUAGAUUUCUUUUUUUUUUUUACACUGUAAAGUGGAAAAAUCCACAUCAAUUGAGUAUUUGUUAUUGAUAUCAUUGUAAGGUUAAUUUGAAACAUUAAAACUGAUUGGAUUAUGCAUGCCCUGAGUUUUAUUGUGAUAUGUAAUGAUUAUUCUCAGCCAUAAGUAUUCAAAUUUUUUCAGACGGACGAUUUUGCAACCUGCCAAGCCGAUGUUAAUUCUUACACACAAGAUGGAUGCUGGUUUUGUAGUUUGCGAUGCUCCAACAUGGAUUCUUAGGACCAAAUGUUUAGUGUCUGCAGACAGAGCUGAAGUCUUUUCUUUUCCUUUUUAUUUUUUGGCUUUCAUCAGCAUUGUGAAUGAAGGCUGUGACCUCCCCUUUCAUGCAUACAGUACAUUAAUCAAGUCUCUUGAUAUCACUUCAAUUAUGUUUCUGGUGUAAUUUCCUUUUUCAUUAAAAAUAUUUUGUCCUUUCAUA